GAAGGAAGCACUCCCUCGUAUUGAAAAAGAGCGGAGAGGAGAGUCGUCCGUCGCCGCCCGGGAGGCGAACCGAUGCCCAGCUGCACCGCGACCACCAUGCCGGGGAUGAUCUGCAAGAACCCAGACCUCGAAUUUGACUCGCUGCAGCCCUGCUUCUACCCGGACGAAGAUGACUUCUACUUCGGCGGUCCCGACUCGACCCCACCGGGAGAGGACAUCUGGAAGAAGUUUGAGCUGCUACCCACGCCCCCGUUGUCGCCCAGCCGCGCCUUCCCAGAGCACAGCCCGGAGCCCUCGAAUUGGGCCACGGAGAUGCUCCUGCCGGAGGCCGACCUGUGGGGCAACCCGGCCGAGGAGGAUGCUUUCGGCCUGGGGGGACUGGGUGGCCUCACUCCUAACCCGGUCAUCCUUCAGGACUGUAUGUGGAGCGGCUUCUCUGCCCGGGAGAAGCUGGAGCGCGCGGUCAACGAGAAGCUGCAGCACGGCCACGGGCCCCCGGGCGCCGGCUCAGCCUGCCCGGCUGCUGGAGUAGGUGGCAGCAGCCCCGGGGGCCGUGCCCUUGGGUCGGCGAGUGCUGGCCGCACCGUGGCCGCCCUGCCUACCGAUCUCUCCCAUACGGCUGCCGAGUGCGUGGACCCUGCCGUGGUCUUCCCCUUCCCGGUGAACAAGCGUGAGUCGGCGUCGGUGCCCGCUCCCCCUGCCAGUGCCCCGGCGGCCAGCGCUGCGGUCUCUGGUGUGUCUGCUCCAGCUGCUGCCCCGGUGGCCGCUCCUGCUCGUGCCGGCGGCCGUCCAGCCAUCGGUGGAGAACACAAGGCCCUCAGCACCUCCGGAGAGGACACCUUGAGCGACUCAGAUGAUGAAGAUGAGGAGGAGGAAGACGAGGAGGAGGAAAUCGAUGUGGUCACGGUGGAGAAGAGACGGUCCUCUAACAACAAGGCUGUCACCACUUUCACCAUCACCGUGCGCCCCAAGACCUCCGCUCUGGGCCUGGGUCGAGCACAGCCUGGCGAGCUGAUCCUCAAGCGCUGUGUCCCCAUCCAUCAGCAACACAACUACGCCGCACCCUCACCCUACGUGGAGAGCGAGGACGCACCACCACAGAAAAAGAUCAAGAGCGAGGCCUCUCCACGCCCGCUCAAAAGUGUUGUCCCAGCGAAAGCUAAGAACUUGAGCCCCCGAAACUCAGACUCGGAGGACAGCGAGCGUCGCCGCAACCACAACAUCCUGGAGCGCCAGCGCCGCAACGACCUGCGCUCCAGCUUCCUGACGCUCAGGGACCAUGUGCCUGAGCUGGUGAAAAACGAGAAGGCCGCCAAGGUGGUCAUCUUGAAAAAGGCCACCGAGUACGUCCACGCCCUGCAGGCCAACGAGCACCAGCUCCUGCUGGAAAAGGAGAAACUGCAGGCGAGACAGCAGCAGUUGCUAAAGAAGAUAGAACACGCACGGACUUGCUAAACGUUUCUCACACGGACAGUCACUGCCACUUUGCACAUUUUGAUUUUUUUUUUUUUUUUUUUUAAACAAACAUUGUGUUGACAUUAAGAAUGUUGGUUUACUUUCAAAUCGGUCCCCUGUCGAGUUUGGAUCUGGCUAGGGGGCAGGACACGGGGUUCUGCCAUGACCUUGGAAAAAAACUGAGUUAUGGGAUGCUGGGUGGCUUGUUUUCCUCCUCCAUAUCACCUGGUGACAGCCUUGGAAGUUCGGGACAGUUGGGAGCUUCAGGAGGCUGUGAAGUCACCUUGUUCCGGUCCAAGUUUCCAAACAGUCAUUCCUUCUUUUUUUACAAUGGUGCUUAAGUUCCAACAGAUGCCACAGAAAGGGGGCUUGGCAUUUGAUGCCCCUGGGAACACUUGUGUAAAUACCAUUGAUACACCCGCCUUUUGUCUACGUCCUGGGUAAUGAGAGGUGGCUCUUACGGCCAGUAUUAGACUGGAAGUCCACACCUAAGUACUGCAAGAAUACCUCAAUGUUUGAGGAGCAUGUUUUGUAUACAAAUAUGUUGUUAAUCUGUUAUGUACUAAUUCCUACACGGCCUGUAUACUUUAG